AGACAUGUUCUCCAUAAACUGAGCAAACCUGCGAAUUGGCUCAACCUGUGAGCCAAACAAACAAACCAAAUUCCGUGGGGCUUACAUUAGUUAAAUCUCUCUGCAACCAUCAGAUCGAAGACUGGUGUUCUAUUCGAAAUUCUGGAUGUGAAUUUUGAUUAUUUUCCCUUUUACUAACGUCAGUGGUCGGGGUUAGUUAUGCAGAAGACGGUGACUCUGUCAGGACCUCAGCAUGGCAUUUUUCUACCAACUUCUGGACUAAAUUGCUACAUUUUUUGCCAUGAAUAGCAGCAGUGCUUGCACCGAUGGCCCCUGUAUACGAAGGUAUGGCCCAAGUGCAGGUGUUCUCUCCGCAGCAGGCUCUGGCGUCCAGCGCUUUCUUUAGCGUCAAGAAGCUGAAGGUGGAGCCGGGAGGCUGCGGCUGGGACAUGACGGGCUACGGCUCGCACCCCUCGCACCACCCGCACCACCCGCACCACGCCGCGCCGCACCACCCCCACCCGCACCACCACCCUCACCAGCAGGGCAGCAAGAGCAGCGGGGGCGGCCUGUGCGCCUCUCUGGCCGCUCCCCCCGUGGGCCUCAAGGCGGCCGCGCUCCCCUACGAGCAGGCGCUCCUGUUCCCCGCCAGCUCCACCGGUCACAUCCUGGUGGCGUCCGCCACCGCCGCUAGCUCCUCGGUCGUCACGGCGCCGUUGCUGGGCGCCGUCAGCAGCCGCGGGAGCGCGGGAGCCGCCCCGCCCGCCGCCGCCGCCACCACGGCAACGGCAACGGCCACCACGGCGACGGCCGCGUCCACGGCGACGUCCAAGAACAGCGGCGGCAACAGCGAGGGCGACUACCAGCUGGUGCAGCACGAGAUGCUCUGCUCGAUGACCAACACCUACGAGGUGCUGGAGUUCCUGGGCCGCGGCACCUUCGGCCAGGUGGUGAAGUGCUGGAAGCGCGGCACCAGCGAGAUCGUGGCCGUCAAGAUCCUGAAGAACCACCCGUCGUACGCGCGGCAGGGCCAGAUCGAGGUCAGCAUCCUGGCGCGCCUGAGCACCGAGAGCGCCGACGACUACAACUUUGUGCGCGCCCACGAGUGCUUCCAGCACAAGAGCCACACGUGCCUGGUGUUCGAGAUGCUGGAGCAGAACCUGUACGACUUCCUGAAGCAGAACAAGUUCAGCCCGCUGCCGCUGCGCCACAUCCGGCCCGUGCUGCAGCAGGUGGCCACCGCGCUCAUGAAGCUCAAGAGCCUGGGCCUCAUCCACGCCGACCUCAAGCCCGAGAACAUCAUGCUGGUGGACCCGGCGCGCCAGCCGUACCGCGUCAAGGUCAUCGACUUCGGCUCCGCCAGCCACGUCUCCAAGGCCGUGUGCUCCACCUACCUGCAGUCGCGCUACUACAGGGCCCCUGAGAUCAUCCUGGGCCUGCCGUUCUGUGAGGCGAUAGACAUGUGGUCUCUGGGUUGCGUCAUCGCCGAGCUCUUCCUGGGCUGGCCGCUCUACCCCGGAGCCUCCGAGUACGACCAGAUUCGCUACAUCUCCCAGACGCAGGGUUUGCCAGCAGAAUAUCUGCUGAGUGCUGGAACCAAAACCACUCGCUUCUUCAACAGAGACCAGGACUCAUACCCACUUUGGAGACUGAAGACUCAAGAGGGUCAUGAGGGAGAAACUGGGAUCAAAUCAAAGGAGGCCAGGAAGUACAUCUUCAACUGCCUGGAUGACAUGGCUCAGGUGAACAUGAACUCUGACCUCGAGGGCAGUGACAUGUUGGCAGAGAAGUCCGACAGGCGCGAGUUCAUAGACCUGCUGACGAAGAUGCUGACCAUCGAUGCGGACAAGCGCAUCACGCCCAUCGAGACCCUCAACCACCCCUUUGUUACUAUGACCCACCUACUGGACUUUCCUCACUGCACGCAUGUAAAGUCCUGCUUCCAGAACAUGGAGACCUGUAAGAGGCGUGUGAUGUACGAGUCGGUAAACCAGAGCAAAACACCUUUCAUCCCCCAUGUAGCACCGAGCACCUCAACCAACCUCACCAUGAGCUUCAACCAGCCGGCCCCUCCUCCGUUGGCGGCGGUGGCACCCCGCACCAUCCCCCUGCAGCCAGCUGGACCCCCCCAGCUCUGUCCCGCCCGGCCAGACCCCUUCCAGCAGGCACUCAUCGUCUGCCCUCCAGGCUUCCAGGGCUUGCAAGCCUCUCCUUCCAAACACGCAGGCUACUCAGUGCGAAUGGAGAAUGCUGUUCCCAUUGUGACGCAAGCGCCAGGACCGCAGUCCCUACAGAUUCAACCUGGCCUGUUGACACAGCAGGCCUGGCCCUCUGGCCCUCAGCAGAUUCUUCUUCCUCCAGCAUGGCAGCAGCUCACACACACGUCUGUUCAACACGCCGCCGUCAUCUCCGACCCCAUGAGCGCCUCCCAGCCCCUCGCCAACUGGAGAAACUCUCAUCCUCAUGGCGGCCAUUACAAUCCCAUCAUGCAGCAGCCCACUCUCUUGACCGGUCAUGUGACCCUGCCUUCCCAGCAGCCCUUGAAUGUGGGCGUGGCUCACGUGAUGCGGCAGCCCUCCUCCAGUAGCUCCGCCUCUAAGAAAAGCAAGCAGCACCAGAUGUCCAGCAGGAACGUCUCGGCGUAUGAAGUGUCGUCCUCCUCCCAGACAGUCCUGUCCCCACAGCGCUCCAAGCGGGUCAAGGAGAACACUCCUCCUCGCGGCACCGUGGUCACGAACGGCCCUUCCUCUUCCUCCUCCUCUUCCUCCUCCGCCUGCAUCCCCGCCCAGAGCUACGGCAGCGGCGGCGGUGGGUGGAGGACGGGGGAGCAUGCGUCCAGCACCACCCGGGACCACCCCCAGCACCACGGACACAGCCACGGCCACGGGCACGGGCACGGCCACCCGCGCCAGACCAUCGUCAUCCCCGACACGCCCAGCCCCGCCGUCAGCGUCAUCACCAUCAGCAGCGACACGGACGACGAGGACCAGCCACGCCACGCCCACAGCAGCUCCUCCAAGCAGCGCAAGAACGUCAUCAGCUGUGUGACGGUGCACGACUCGCCUGAGUCCGACUGCAGCGCGGGCAGCCCCUACGCCAUGGAGUCACGCACCGCCAACGGAUACGAGCACAAGCUCCACGGGCAGCUAGACAACUACGGCAGAGGAGGAGGAGGAGGAGGCAACAACAACAACAACGGCAACCCACGCACCAUCAUCAUCCCCCCGCUGAAGAGCAGCAGCAGCAGCGAGGGCCUGGGAGAGUGUGAGCGCCUGCUGACAGACACCGUGAGCCACCAGAAUGCGGUGUACAAAUACAAGUCAGCUAACGUGAGCAUGAUGGGAAACAACCACACCUCCGGGAUGACAGGGCCCGGCUCCUACCGCCAGCAACGCUUCCAGCAGCAGCCUCUGAAUCUCAGUCAGGCUCAGCAGCACAUGGCGAUGGAUCGCGGUGGCAGCGGUCACCAUCGGCAGCAGGCCUACAUCGCUCCGACCAUGGCCGCCCAGGCGCCGUACUCCUUCCACCACAGCAGCCCGUCGCACUCGGCCGGCGUCCCCCCCCACCUGGCGGCGGCCGCCCCUCACCUGGCCAGCCAGCCGCACCUGUACACCUACACGGCGCAGGCGGCCCUGGGCUCCAGUGGAGCCGUGGCACACCUGGUGGCGUCGCAGGGCACUGCGGCGGCGGCUGCAGCGGCGGCCGCCGCUCGACACGCCGUCCAUCAGCACGCGGCGGCCGGCUACGCUGGAGCCCCCCCCCCGGGCCUGGUGCACCACCACCACCACCACCACCAGAUGGCGCACUCCGUGCUGCCCUCGCCCACGCUGCACGCGGCGCAGUACCAGGCGCAGUUCACCCACCACACCUACAUCAGCGCCUCGCCCGUCUCCUCCGUCUACACUGGAUACCCACUGAGCCCCGCCAAGGUCAACCAGUACCCGUACCUCUAGAGUCGCCCGCACCACCACCACCACCACC